AAUGCAGCGGAGCGCAGUGGUCGUGGUGGCGGAUAAAACGAGUCUGAAAAGGCCGUUUAUUUUCGCAUGUGCUGUGAAUAUGGCACUGUGCUUCUUCAUGUUGACAAUGACAGUGGCUGGUCAUAGGGACCUCUUACAAGCUGGCCAACUGGUGUCCAAUGUCUCUGUAGUGAUACUCUACAUCCUAGAAAUUGGCUGUCUGCUGCUGUCAGUGCUUGGUGUGAUUGGAGCCUGUAGAGGAAAGAGAUGGUGUUUGAUUCUGUUUGCAGCUGGGAUGGCGGCAGCCAGUCAAACAAUAAUUGUUAAAACAGCACUAAGUUACCAAGAUGUUUAUGAGACAGGUGUGGUCCGGGAGGAGUCCAAGUUGCUGGCCAUGAUGCCACUUACUGGAACCAAUAAAGCCAACAGGACCUUACUGUACAGUAUUCAAGCACAUUUUAAGUGCUGUGGUCUUGUUGAAGGCUACAAAGACUGGGGCUCCACACUCCCUGCUUCCUGUCACUGUCAAUAUCCAGGAAAAUGUAUUCGACUGCGGGGCAGCGCAACACUUGGGGCUCCAAAGAACCAGUAUGUUUAUCAAGAGCCUUGCCUACCGAUCUAUGUUUCCGCACUGAAACGUGGAUUCUCUCUGGCGAUGGGUAUAAAAUUUGGAAGUGGAGUGUUUUGGGUGGUUUUACUUGUUAUGAGCAUCAAGCUGAUGAUCCAGAUAGAAAGGAAACAGGAGUUCAUGGCUCUUCUUCAAUCUAACAGAUAUGUUCCUGGUGCCUUCUAGUCACCUUCAAAAUAUAUUUUCAUAGACACUGCAAAUUAUUAUUGGGCGUAACUUGAUUAAAUUUGCACACAUGAUGCUGUAUACCAUAACCUGGAUACUUUGUGCUAUAGCAACAUAUGUUGACAAUAUUAUUUUCUAUUAAUAUGUUAAUGCAUGUAACUGAUGUUGCAAAGUACUCUACAUGCAUAGAUCAGUUUCAGAUUAAUCUUUUUUUGCCUACUGCUGUGAAAACUCAAAUUAAUGAAAUGAAGUAAUCUUUAAUAAUCGUCACAUUUUCACAUGCUUUUGUCAUAUCUCUGAUUCACAGUUUUUCACUUAAAAAUUAUGAUCUAAAAUGAAUAUCUUACCAAGCAUUAACCAGCUGCUUGUUUUCUUAAACUGCAUAUUCCUGUUUGGGGUCGAGGGUCUUAGUGGCUGGAACCAAUCCCAGCAUGCAUUGGGUAAAAGGCAAGGUAAAAGCCCAGACAGGUCGCCAGUUUGUUUUGAGGGCUAAAUACACUGGCCCCAUUUACACUUGUUAUUUAUUGUAUAGUGUUGUCUUAUUUAUUAUGUUUCAUCCACAUUUCCUUCACACCUCAAUGAGUCUUUUAAAAGACAGAUAUUAAUCCAAUUAAUCUGUACAGAAAAACUUAAGACACUCGCACAAAUUUAUUUAUUAGUUUAUUUAUUUUCUUUUGGGUUAAAUGUAGCGCUGCAUUUAGUUUUACAGUCAUAUCUCCAUCAUCAUGUUUCACAAAAUCUGUACUAUGACUCUGUAGUAUCCAAUUCAACUCUGACAUUAGUGAAGAAGCAGCUGCAUUACAUCACAGCAUCAUGUGUAAUGAUCACAAUAACACAUGAACGAUUGAUGCUAAAAUUUCCACAUAAGUGAAAACACAAAAUAUCACUGGAAGUUACUCAAUUAAUGGGUUUAAGUAAUUAAAUAUCUGAACUUACAUAUUUAAAUAUUUGUACUUGUCUUAAGCUUUUCAGCAUUACAACAACUAAUAAUCUUUGAACAAGCAAAUAAUAAUAUUAACAACUCUUAUGUAGCACCUUUCUUAAACUGUGUUUACAAAGUACUUUGAUUAAAAAAACUGAUAUCUAUUUAUUAUGAAGCAAUGGAUUUUCAUGGGUAAAUAAUCAGGUUAGACAAAGGAAUGAGUCACAGUUCAUAUUGGGACACCAGAAUGUCUUGAUGCCUUGUUAUAUGCACAUUGUAUAUUUUGAAACCUCAUUCAGACUUUCUUAAAAGCACAUUCAUUGAGUAAACGAUGUUUGCUCAUCUCCACUUGUUCUGAAGGGGAUUCUGUUUGGUUGCACAUACAGUAGACAUGCAGUAAAACCUCAUUUGUUUUGUCUCAUUUCUCAUAUAUAGUUUUAUGUCAAGGUUUGGGGAGCUUUCGUCAAGGCCAGACAGGUUGUGAGAGGCUUGUGUAGGACAAUGGAUCAUCUAUAUUCUUACAGAAAUUCUGACUGUAAUGCCACUCUCACCAAAGUAGCCUUUAUGCCACAUCACUUCUAAUAUGACUCGCUGCAUGAGCUGCCAGCAGUUGAAAUGGCUCCUUGGCUAAAUUGUCAAAUUAAUUUCAUCUGAAACGGCAGAUCCAAUGUCUACCUGUGCACUUUAACCAUUAAUGCCUAAUAUAAUAUGUUCUUGCAAUGUAUGUUUUUUUUUGUUUGUUUGUUUUCUGUCAUAUACUGUUAUUUCAGUG